UCAGCACGUGUAAAGGGUAACAAUGAGAUCACGCAUUUCCUUGACCGCCGAACCGAAUGCCAUAUAAAGACAGAAGUGAUAUUUUAAAAAUGAAUGUGACGAGCGAUUCGAAAAAGAGCGAUGGCCAGAUACGAAAUUUCUACGCCGGAAAACAUGUAUUCCUCACGGGGUGCACCGGUUUCUACGGAGGCCUCAUCUUGGAGAAGCUCCUAAGGACGUGCACCGAAAUUGGCAACGUUUACAUUAUGACCAGAGAGAAGAAAGGUUUCUCCGUGCAGGAAAGAAUGGAGAGGUUCUUCAAGAAGGACGUGAGUAAAUUGUACUCGUAA